AUGCUAGUUGGGGAUUUGAACUUUAUAUUAGACAAUAGUGAAAAACAAGGUGGAAAUGAGGCAUUAUCUAGUGCUUCAGCCAUGAUUCAAACUGUUAUUCAACAGAUUGGCCUCAUUGACUUAAAGUUUCAGGGUGAUCCAUUUACAUGGUCCAACCAGAGGGAAGGGGAUGCAAACAUCAGAGAAAGAAUAGAUAUAAGUUUGGUUAAUGUUAGUUGGUUUGAGAAUUUUCCUGAUUCCAUUAUUCACCAUCUCACAAGAGUAGCUUCUGAUCAUAGUCAUUUAUUUAUUGAAAUAGAUCCAGCUAGGCUGAGAUUAAGUAGACAUUACAAAUAUUUUAGAGGUUGGAAAGAACAUAAGGAAUAUGAUUUGUUUUUUGAAAAUGCUUGGAAAAAGAAUAGAGAAGAGUCUGAGAAUGAUAUCAUUAAAACUUUUGAGUAA